AUGGAAUCCAGCCCUCGAGCGUGGUCCCGAGGUGAGGAGGACAAUGGCGCCUGCCUUCCGGUACAAGUCCCCUAUCUGUUCGGUGAGAUUUCGGCCGCCGGUCCCCGUAUUGACGCAAACUCGGUGCGGACUGAGCGGAGCAAUGGUCGUCGCUAG